AUGACUUCACAUCCAGCCGACCUCGAGUCCGCGAUUAACAAGUACUUGGAUUGGGAAAAGGUGAUUCAAGAAUGAUUUUAUUCUUCUUUUCAUUCAGGUUAAUGCAUAAUAAUUUAAAUUAUUGGCAAAAAUUGUGUGUGUUUAGUUUUGAACCCUUGUUUUAGAACCCGGAGGCCCUGAAAGAGGCGAGAGAAUUCAUUUCCACCGAGUCUGAAGCCGUCCUUCGCAAAUACUUCCUCGGCGAUCCGCUCGCGUUCGGAACCGCCGGCGUGAGAUGUCGAAUGGCGCCCGGGUUCAGCGCCUUGAACCAUCUGACUGUGGUCCAGUUGUCGCAUGGAAUGGCGCAGUACAUCAAGCUUCAUGGAAAGAAUAAGCCCAAUUUCUCGGUCGUUAUCGGAUAUGAUGGAAGGUUCCGAUCCGCCGAUUUCGCCAAGGACGCCGCCAGUGUUUUCUUGAGGAACGGAAUCAAGGUUCACUUAUUUACCAAGGUAUGUGCGGAUGUCUUCAGGUAAUUAGAGCGGUUUUUGGCCAUGGACUGUGAAAAAUGUUGGUCGCCCGGAGAAAAGGGACUGUUGACUGUAUGUUUGAAUCUUGCGCGGAAAGGCAUUAUGCGGUCGAAAAUUCUUAUUUUUAUUUUACGUCCGAAAACAUGAAUGCUUUGUCUGAGAGCUACAACGGUUUGAAAUUUUAAUAUAAUCAUUUUUUUCGCUAAAAAAUCGGACUUGCUCUGGAAAAUUAUGGACAUAGUUUGUGGCAAAUUUCAUUAAAAUUCUUUUUUGAUAGGGCUGAAAAAAACCAAGGUAUAAUGGACGGUGAUUUUUAGGUGGUACCCACACCCGUGACUUCCUUCGCGACUCCAUUUCUCAAUUGUGAUGCCGGCCUUAUGAUCACUGCCUCCCACAACCCCAAGCCGGACAAUGGAUACAAGGCCUAUUGGGCCAACGGUGCUCAAAUUGUGUCCCCGAUCGACACGGACAUCUGCAAAAUCGCAUUCGAUGGUCAACCACCGAACCCGGACUAUUUUGACUGGUCCAUCACCUCCCAAGUGGAGAAUGCGGACUGGGUGUUGGAAGAAUACAUCAAGUCCGAGGGGAAGCUGGCCAAAUACCCGCAGAACAACGGUCAAACCCCGCUGAAAUUCACGUACUCCGCAUUCCAUGGAGUUGGGUACGAAAGCGCAAUGAAGAUGUUCAAGGCCUUUGGAUUCCCAGAUUCGGCGAUAUUCAGCGUUAAGGUAUGAUUUCCUUACCAGUGAAAUAAAUCGAUGUGUGUAGGAGCAACAAGAGCCCGAUCCAACCUUCCGAACCGUGCCGAAUCCGAAUCCCGAAGAAGGACUGCGGGUUUUGAAGCUUUGCCUCGAGGAAGCGGAUCGAAAUGGAAGUCAAGUGCUACUGGUCAAUGAUCCGGACGCUGAUCGCAUCCAGGUGGCUGAGAAGCAAGAGGAGUAGGGGUUUUUAUUUUCCACGAGCCUUUUAUUUUAUCUUUGAGUGAAAUUAACCGGCUCUGUGUUUUUAGCGGCUCGUGGCGCGCUUUCACAGGCAACGAGAUGGGCGUUAUCCUCACCGAAUGGACAUGGCGCCAUUGGAGCGCUGAGAAUCCCACGGCCAACUUUAGCGAUGUGUACGUCCUCAACAGUGCGGUGUCUUCGCAAUUCGCCAAGACGAUGGCGUCGAAGGAGGGAUUCAAACAGGACGUCGCGCUAACCGGCUUCAAGUGGAUCGGAAAUCUGGCGGACAAAAAGAGGAAGGAAGGCAGGUUUCAAUCACUCUUUUGAGCUCCGAUAGGACGAAUGUUUCCGGAAACUAACGAUUGUUCGAUGAUUUUUAGGCAAAACUGUGAUUCUCGGCUGGGAAGAAUCGAUUGGCUACAUGCCGGGAUGCACCCUGGACAAGGACGGGGUUUCCGUAGCAGCCAUCUUUGCGGAAAUAGCGAACGACCUUUGGACGAAGAGGAAGACUCGACUCAGCGACGAAUUGUUCGAAUUGUUCAAGAAGUAUGGGUACCACGUGACCCGGAAUUCUUAUUGGAUCGUACCGGAGAAAAGUGUGACCGCCAAGAUCUUCGAGACGGUCAGCUAUAAUCCGCCAGCUACCAUCAAUGGAGUGAAAGUGGUCGACGUCCGAGACUUGACUGUGUACAAUACGACAAAAGGCGCGGUAUGUGGGGGUAGAGUGGUGUAAAAAUUUGAGAUCGUAAGCGGCCGGUCGUUUUAUCGGAUGACCCGCCAGAUGAAUGGUUAUGGUGAAGUGAACGGGGCAAAUUUUGAAAAAAAAUAGAUUUUUGAAAUUUUGUACAGGGUGGGCCACUCGACACUGACAGGUUGUUUCUUUGAAUUUCUCCGCGGAGAGUGCGCCGAUUUUCCUAAAAUUUAUGCUUUUCUGGAGCUGAGACCCGCCAUUUUUAACUGAUUGAAUUUCAAAAACAAAAUUUUUUUUGAAUUGGCCUUUCUAUGCCUUCCCAAAGUUUUGAAAAAUUAUUUUCGUGCCAACCGCUAAAAUUUUUGGGAUGAUUUUCAGUUGUCUUUCUCGGACUUACUAGGGAAGUACUCCAAGUGCGACGCUUAGAUUUUGAUGAAACUUGGCGCAAAUUUAAAAUAAUUUUUUCUAAGGUAUAUGCGAGAAUCCUAGCUCGCGCUUUGCAGAAACAACCGAGAUUUUUACAAGGAAAGUACUUUUAUGGGGGCUCCUACUUUUUGACGGGACAUAUCUCAAAAAAUCAGAAAAAAUGUGCUGAUCAAGGAUAUAUAAAUCUUAGCUGCCCAUUUUAGGUUUUUAUGGUUGAAAAUGCCCAAAAAUUGGCUUAAUUUCCCUACAAAAGGCGCAGGCAAUCGAAACGAUAAAAAGCGCGCUCGGUCUCUUCCUUCGGAAGAGAGCGGUGUGGCCGAGUGGUUAGUGCCGUAGUUUGGGAAUCAAGAGGGAGGACGCCGCACGGGUUUGAUUUCCCUUUUGGGCCGAAUUAACUUUUUUUGAAGAUGAAGGUCGGAAAAAUAAAUUUUUGGGCCAAGACUGAUUUAUUACGUCUUAGAAACUCAUUAAACAUCAUUUUAAGCCAGAAUAAAAAUUGUAAACCUGUGAAAAAUUAAGCGAAAAGGGGUUCAUAUAGGACUUUAAGUCAACUUCCGAUUGAGUUUUCACCCCUAAAAACCUAAAAUGGGCAGCUAAGAUUUAUAUAUCCUUGAUCAGCACAUUUUUUCUGAUUUUUUGAGAUAUGUCCCGUCAAAAAGUAGGAGCCCCCAUAAAAGUACUUUCCUUGUUAGAUCGAAAGUCGGCGAAAAUUUUUUUUUUGACUCUUUGCCGAAUUUCGGCACGAAAAGUUUCAUGUCUAUUUCAACCGUAAAGGAUAAUGUUUCUACAAAAAAUCAAAUUUUUCCGCACCAAGCUAACAAAGUUAUGGCCAAAAAACGCUUUUCUCUCUGACCGCUCUCCACGUUUAGUGUGCUCUCUCGGCGGCAAAAAUCGUUCGAUAUCUACGCGGCGCUUGCAAAGCGCGAGCUAAAACUUUCGGGAAUUCAUGUUUAGCCCAUACCCGACGUGUGUGCAAAAUUUAAAGAAAAUCUGAGCGUCUCACUUGGAGUACUUCCCCUGUAAGUUUUAGCGGUUUCGGCUUGAAAAUAAUUUUUCAAAACUUUGGGAAGGCAUGGAAAGGUCAGUUUAAAAUAUAUAUUUUUGAAAUUCAGUCGGUUGAAAAUGGCGGGUCUCAGCUACAGAAAAAUCUAAAUUUUAGAAGUAGUUUUUUCUCCGCGGAGCCUCCGCGGAGAAGUUCAAAGAAACAACUUGUCAGUUUCGAGUGGCCCACCCUGUAGAGAAAAAAGGUUGGAGAGAAAAAAUACUCUUUAUGUGGUUUAUACCAUGCAUUCUAUGCAUCGCAAAGCCUGUUGAAAAAUGUCUAAAUUGUUCCAGACACUUCCCCCUUCUGCCAGCUCUCCCAUGAUCACGUACACCCUGGAAACUGGGUCCAUCAUCACUCUGCGCGCGUCCGGCACAGAACCGAAGGUGAAGUAUUACAUUGAGCUGAUUACUGAGCCCGGAAUCGACCGGAAAGACGUUUCAUCAGUGGUCGAAAAACUCGACAAACUGGAAACCGCUGUGGUCAAGGAGCUCCUUCGUCCUGAGGAGUUCAAAUUAAUUGCGAGAGAGAAGUAA